AGUGGAAAAUUGUGCCCUUGUUGACACAAUGCAGGUGCAGGUAUGAUACUGAUCCAUAUGUGCACUGCCUUCACUCUCCUUCUUUCUGUCCAUUCAGUAUCCGGGAAGGUGAACACAGAAAGGCAGCAAAGAAACUUCCUCUGGUUGGUUAAACUGGUACCACACGUGGCCAUACAGGUGCUUCUGUAACAGCCUUGACCAGCAAACGGAAAUACACUGGGCACAACAGGAUUAUCAGAUUCACAGCACAAUGUUAUGGCUUGUACGUAUUGGAAGACACUGUAUCAAGGGUCCAGACAGAUUCAGCUGUAAAUGCAUCACAAACAGACUACCCAGGAUGAGGAAAGCAAGCAGGAGUGUAGGCGCUGCCCCAAAAGUACCUGUUAAUAAUAAAUCACAGGGUACAGAGCGGUCAAAGUCAGAGAGCAGCGCACCCAUCGCUUCCAAGGUUUCCCGACCUGGAUCUUCCUUAUCAAAGGCUAAAAGCAAUGAUGAUCUUUUAGCUGGAAUGGCUGGUGGCAUUCCUGCAAGCAAUAGUGUGAAGGUGAAGAAAAACAGCACUACAUCUAACACUACUUCUGGCACAGCAAUGAGUGGACAAGAGGGCAGAACAAGAAGCAGUGCAGGAAGUAGUUCAAACACCAAGCGUAGUGGUUCAUCAAGUGCUAAGGAAGUUGGAUCUUCACGCGAGAGGUUAAGAGAACGCUCUCGUUUAACAGCCAGCAAGAAGCCACAAGGAUCAGGAGUUGGCACAGAAGUGUUGGCUUCUAGCAAACGAUCACGUGGACGAACAGAUUCUGAUAUGAUUCGUAUGAGCAAGUCCAAAUCUGAUAAUCAGAUCAGCGACCGUGCAGCUCUGGAGGCCAAAGUCAAAGAAUUGAUGAACCUAGCUAAGAAUAAAGACGCUGAGAUUCUUCUUCUUCGUACAGAGCUAAGGGACACUCUGUCACAACUGGGACAGGAUGUUUCUGACAAGAGUCCAGAUGAGCACCCUUUAAUACAUUUACAGGAGCAGAAUACAACUGUAAGUGAGGAGCUGCAGGAGCUAAAAAGCGAAAAUCGAAUGCUGAAGGAUCGGUUGAAUGCCCUGGGCUUUUCACUAGGGCAACAACCAGAUGAUCCAGAUAAGAUGUAUGGCUUUCAGUCCUUGGGCAUCAAUCCAGAGAGCCAUAGUGACUGUGGGGGAGGGACUCUAACCUCUUCUGUUGAGGGUUCAGCACCUGGAUCAAUGGAAGAUCUCCUUAGCCAAGAUGAAAGUACCCUCACUGGUGAAAGGAGAAGCAGCUCUAUGGAUAACCUAGACAGUGAAUGCAGUGAGGUUUACCAGCCACUGACCUCUAGUGAUGAUGCUCUAGAUGCACCCUCGUCAUCCUCAGAAUCAGAAGGCCUUCCAAGUACUGAUCGAUCUCGUAAAGGAAGCAGUGGGAAUGCCAGUGAAGUUUCUGUUGCGUGCCUUACUGAGCGCAUCCACCAAAUGGAAGAAAACCAACAUAGCACAUCAGAAGAACUACAGGCCACCUUGCAGGAACUGGCUGACCUUCAGCAGAUAACACAGGAGUUAAACAGUGAAAAUGAGAGACUAGGGGAGGAGAAGGUUAUAUUAAUGGACUCUCUCUGCCAGCAGAGUGACAAACUGGAGUUAUUUAGCCGUCAGCUAGAUUAUGCUCAAGCUCUGCUAGAUGAACAUCAUAUAUCCUACUCUCUUGAUGAGGAUCUGAAGAGUAACCGCUACUUGGAUCUGGAACAACGAUACAUGGAGCUCGCUGAAAAUGGUCGUUUUGAGAGGGAGCAACUUUUGGGGGUACAGCAGCAUCUAAGUAAUUCACUUAAAAUGGCUGAACAGGAUAACAAGGAUGCCCAAGAUGUUAUCCGGGCUCUUAAGGAGCGAAAUCACCACAUGGAGCGCAUUGCUGAGGCGGAGCAACUGAGUAAGCAAGCCUUAGCUGCAACAUUGGAGGAGUAUAAGGCUACCUUAAAUUCAGAGCAGGCUGAAUGUGCUAGACUAAAGUCACAUCUGGAGCAGGAAAAACAGAGGGUAGCAGAGCUGUAUUCCAUACAUAGCUCUGGGGAUACAUCUCACAUACAGAACCUCCUUGAAAGCGUGCGUAGUGACAAAGAGAAGGCAGAGAGCCUAGCCAGCAGUCUGCAGGAAGAGGUGUUGCAUGCACGCAGCGAUAUCAACGGCAUGCAGGAUGCCUUUGGCAAGCUGGAGGAUGAGUAUAGUGCCUACAGGGAAGAGGCCCAAAAGCAGGUGUCUGAAUUAACUUUGGCACUAGAGAAGGUGCGACAUGAACUGGAAGAGAAAGAAACAGAGCUCAGUGAUAUGAAGGAGACAAUAUUUGAGCUGGAGGAUGAAGUUGAACAGCAUCGAGCUGUAAAGCUUCAUGAUAACUUGAUAAUUUCAGACCUUGAAAAUGCAGUUAAGAAGCUUCAGGACCAAAAACACGACAUGGAGCGUGAGAUCAAAAUACUAAACCGGAAACUGAGGGAGGAGAAUGCAGAAUGGCGCCAAUUCCAGGCUGACUUGCAGACUGCUGUUGUGAUUGCCAAUGAUAUCAAAUCUGAAGCACAGGAGGAGAUUGGGGAACUGAAGAGGCAACUCCAAGAGACAAUAGAGAGGAAUGAGAAGCUUGCAAAAGAGAUGGAAAAUGCAGCAUCACGCAAACAGGAAGAAGAACGUGGUCGUGUCUAUAACUACAUGAAUGCUGUGGAAAGGGACUUGGCAGCUCUAAGACAGGGAAUGGGUUUGAACCGUAGAUCAUCUGCGUCAUCAGAUCCCGCGCCCACUGUCAAAACCCUGAUUAAAUCCUUUGAUAAUGCAUCCUCCCAAGUUCCAAGUCCAGCUACUGCAGUGGCAGUGGCAGUGGCAGCUGCAGCAACACCAAUUUCCAGAACGCCUCUCAGCCCAAGUCCCAUGAAGACACCUCCAGCUGCUGCUGUUUCUCCAAUGCAGAGACAUUCUAUUAGUGGGCCUAUAUCUGCAGUGAAAUCCUUACCAGGCUUAUCGGAGAAGAGACCAAGCUAUGCUGAGAUUCCAGUUCAGGAACAUUUGCUGAGAAGCUCAUCCAGCAGCAGAAGUGCUUCCUCAUUGCCCCGUGUCCCGGCAAUAGAUAAUGCCAAAUCUAUUUCAGUAUCACGGCGUAGUAGUGAGGAGCUGAAACGUGACAUAACAGUGCCAGAUGGAGGCUCUGCCCCUUCAUUGAUGGUGAUGACUUCACCCUCUCCUCAGCUUUCUCUGUCUUCAUCCUCUCCCACUGCAUCUGUAACACCCACUGCCCGUAGCCGCAUCAGGGAGGAAAGGAAGGAUCCUUUGGCUGCAUUAGCCCGUGAAUAUGGGGGCUCCAAACGCAAUGCUUUGCUGAAAUGGUGUCAGAAGAAGACCGAAGGAUAUCCGAAUAUUGACAUCACAAAUUUCAGCAGCAGUUGGAACGAUGGACUAGCAUUUUGUGCUUUGCUGCACACCUACCUUCCAGCACACAUUCCAUAUCAAGAGCUGACCAACCAGGACAAGAGAAGAAAUUUCACCUUGGCUUUCCAAGCCGCCGAGAGCGUAGGAAUCAAAUCUACUCUGGACCUUAAUGAAAUGGUUCGUACUGAACGUCCAGAUUGGCAGUGUCUUAUGACGUAUGUCACAUCUAUCUACAAAUACUUUGAGACCUGAGGAUUGUUUUGGAAUCGUUCUCUCUUUCCCUGCAUGAUAUUGUCUGCCCAACUGCGGACGUAAUAGAAGACACCAAUGCUUCUUCAUGCCUGCUGUUUCAGGGCUACAGGUUGAGGGGAUUACAUCCACUUCUAGCAUUAUUUAUAGAUCUAUGUAUACGCCUGAGAUAUACCAGUCUCAUCCUGUUGUGCCUGCCUGUCUACAGCGAGUUGGUUCCCUCUGCAUGACAGGUAUAGGUUUUGCCAGCUACCCUAUAGCAGGAUACAGCUAUAUGUGGAGCCAGAAGGCCAACAUAAAGACAAUAUCCAGAGCAGUAGGACUGUGGCUGUGUCUAAAUAUUGAUAAGAUAAUGCCAGUGCCUUAGCAAAGUCAUCGCCUUUUACAGCUGCUUCUCAGCCCGUUUUUCCAAGCAGAAUUGUGCAAGUGUUAUUGGAUGCAUAAUGACAAGAAAUUGCUUGCCAACGAAAUGAGGACCAUGUAGUUUUGCACAACUUGUGCCAACUGCUGCCUUGUGACUCUUGAUUGUCUCCUGCUCUUUGUGCCUAGAACACUAAAAUCAAUUUUUUGCUCUUUUUUUUUUCCGGCAUUUGGCACACGUGAAGUAAUGGACAUAAUGGCUUUUUAAACUGCUGAGAAACAAAAAAGUUCUGAGUGAAUGACUAUUCUUAAGUGGCCAGAUGUAUUAUUUUAAUGCUAACAAUGUUACUGUGUCAGUUUUGUCCUAGAGAACCAUUCCAUCAACAAGUAUAUCCUCAUCUCUGUACAAGAUACAAGCCAAGCUUGUGGCAAAGCAGAAAGAGGAGUAUAGGUUCAGGGUCUGUUAUCCAGAAUGCUUGGGACCUGGGGUUUUCUGCAUAAGGGAUCUUUCCUAACGUGGAGCACCAUGCCUUAAGGCUACUAAGAAACAUUUAAAAUGAAAAACUUGAAUAGGAUUGUUGCCAUCAACAUGGAUUUAUGCUAGCUUAGUUAUCAUCUAUACUACAAGGUACUGUCUUAUUACUACUUAGAAAAAGCAAAUCACUCAACAUCGAUGUAUUAUUGUUUAUAUAACACCCUAUUGGAAAUGGCGUUCUCAUAUUUUGGAACUUUCUGUGUAAGAAGUUUCUGAAUAAUGGAUCCCAUGCCGGUAGUACUAUAAACUGAUGUUUGGACUUUCUCUUCGUGUGUGAGGUGGCCAUGUUGCUGGCAUGAGCUGCUUGAAAUGGCAGACAUUGGAAUUAUCAGCACAAACCACUUUCUGUGAAUGAGAGGAAGUGUUGAUACCUGCAAAAAGCUUUGUUGAAAACUCUCCUUCAUCAGAAGCGUUAUAGAGCACCUAUUCUUUGGAUGUAUCUUUAUUUGUUUGCUUAGCCACUACUAACCAAGAACAGCACAAAACCGUAACAAUGAAUGAGCAUUUUAUAGGCACUUGUGCAAUGGCAUAGGUCAACUCUAAGCUAUGUUUUUUUUGUUUAGUUUUUUUUUACAAAAUCUACAGUGCAUUAAUUAUCUUACACUGCUGAAGUGCAGGUAUCCAUAGUAACCACACAAACCCUAAAAGCUAAUGUAAUGAUACUUAUGGGACCAUUUUGGGUAGUCCAUUCUUUGCUUUGUCCUAAUGGAAAAGUCAAUCCUUCAGUCAUAUUCAAAAAAUAUAUAUCACACUUCUAGCAAUGAGUGAUCCCUAAUUAGCUGUUAUGGGUACUUCUGCCUGUUACAAGUGUUAAAGUUACACUAGACCUUCUAUUUUAUGUUUUUUUCGUUUUUAGUUACUGGAAACAGUGAGAAAUAAAUGUAUAGUUGUUGUUUUUUUUAUCAAAGGGCUAGUAACACCGACAAAUGAAAGGGCUUCAUACUGUAUGGUUACCCUGCUUUUGUAUGAAUUGUAUAUAUAGUGACAACACUAAUAUAGUUUAUAAUAACUGUUGUAUUGCUGUACAAGCAGCCAUGCGGACAUCUGUAGGGGCCGUUCUGUGCAGGAGAACUGUUUCUACAUGGGAAUUCCAAAAUGUGUUAUAUUACAAGUUCCAAAAUUCUUUAACAAAGAAGGGUUUUAUGUGGGAAUUGUGGAUUUACAAUAUUUAGGACCCCAGGUUAAGAAACAGGGAGAUAAUGGUUAAGCCUGUUUUCAUUUUCAUUUGUUGAAGAAUGAGAUAUAAUCUAUAAAUGUAUAUAACGUAGUAUCAGAUUUCAGUGUUACUGGCCCUUUACAUAUAUUUGUGGGUGAGCUUUUCGGAUUGCCCCUUGUAUUUUAUAAUGUUUUAUUCUCCCUACAACCUCCCACCAUCCUUUGGUAAAUGCAAUAAAAAGGGCUGUGACCCGGCAACCCAGAAGGUCUGAUGUCACUUUGGUGAUACAACAUUCGCUACGCACAAUUCAGCAGAACAUUUUUAAGGUACAAUCACUUUGAAUUCAUAUUCAUAUGUUCCAGGUUAAUGGACUGGAGGGAGGGGGGAGAAAAAAAGCACAUGGAAGGAUUUUUAAAAUACACUGACUGAUUUUGAUACAAUACCUAUUUUGUCUCUCGUUUUAACGGUGAAGUCCAGACCAAAAAACUUAUUUUAUUUUUUUAUUUUUUGCAAAAUGAAAGGAAAUGUAAUUCUAGCAGCUUUCAUUGUUUAAACAUGUUCAAUUACUUUAA